AUGUUAUUUUUAUUAUCAGUAGUAUUUAUUAAAAUAGCUUAUCAUCAUAUACCAUAUAUAUCAUCAUAUGUACCAGAAUCAUUUAUACUUAUAUUAAUUGGUAUUAUAUUUGGUGUGAUAGUACGUUAUGGUAUUGAUCAAGGUUCAAUUAAAAUUACAUCAUGGAAAUUUACACCUGAAAUAUUUUUUAAUUAUUUAUUACCGCCAAUUAUAUUAGAAUCUGCAUAUGGAUUAUAUAAUCGUACAUUUUCUGAAUAUCUUGGUACUGUUAUGUUAUUUGCUGUACUUGGUACAAUAUUUAAUUUUUUAAUUAUUGGUUUUGUUAUGUAUGGUUUAUAUAUUGGUGGUGCAUUAGGUUAUCCAGAGAUUACAUUAGAUUUAAAUAGUUUCUUAUUAUUUAGUUCAUUAAUUGUUGCUAUAGAUCCUGUUGCUGUGCUAGCUAUUUUUCAAGAUAUUGGAUUAGAAUUAAAUUUAUAUUAUAUUGUAUUUGGUGAAUCAUUAUUAAAUGAUGCAAUUACUGUUGUUUUAUAUGAAAUAAUGAUUGCAUUUACUGGUAAAGAUAAUAUAACUGGUUCACAAAUUGGUAUUGGUAUUGCAUCAUUUUUUACUGUAAGUUUUGGUGGUUUAUUAAUUGGUGUAUUAUUUGGUAUUAUAACAUGUUUAAUUACAAGAAUACGUAGUCAUUUAUCUGUAUUUACAAUAUUAUUAUUAGCAUAUUUUUCAUAUAUUAUGGCUAAUUGUGUUGGUUGGUCAGGGAUUAUAUCAAUGAUUGGUUGUGGUCUAAUACAAACUGCAUAUGCAUUUCAUAAUGUUGAUUCACAAACACGUAUUACAGUACAUAAUUUUGUAAGAGUUAUUGCAGAAAUGAGUGAAUCAGUAAUAUUUUUAUUUUUAGGUAUAUCAAUUAUUGGUGAAACACUAAAAUGGCAUACUGGUUAUAUAUUAUGGUCAUUAUUUAUAUGUUUAAUAGCACGUUGUAUUAUAGUAUUAAUUAUGACAUCUAUUGUUAAUAUUAUUAAUAUAGAUGAUAUAAAAAUUACAAUUAAAGAACAAAUUGUAUUAAUUUAUGGUGGUUUACGUGGUGCAGUUGCAUUUUCAUUAGCUAUUUUAAUACCAAUUGAUAUAUUAGGUAAAAAUGGUGAAGAGAAUCAAAGUUUAAUUGUUACAACAACAUUAUUUAUUAUAUUAUUUACUGUGGGUAUUAUGGGUAUUACAAUGAAACCAUUAGUGAAAUUAUUACAUAUUCGUAUGGAAAAUAAAAAAAUUAUUAGUUUAUUUCAAUCAUUAAAUACAAAUAUUAUUGAUGAAUUAUUAACUGGUAUUGAAAUUAUUAUUAAUUGUAAACGUCGUAAUGUAUUAAGAGAUUUUAUUAAACAUAUUGAUGAAAAAUAUAUACGUCGUAUAUUACAAAAUAAUCCAGAAUAUUAUAAUGAGAAAUUAUUUAAAAUUUAUGAAAAAAUUUCAUUACGUUUACAUUAUGCAACAAUACGUCCUAUGCAAUCAAAAUGUUUAUUAACUGAUUUACCUGAAUCAAUUACAUAUAAAUAUCUUAUGAAUCAAUUACCAAUCAUUAAUAAUCAAUACAUAACGAUUCAUAAUAAUGAUAAUAAUAAUAGAAGGGCUAGUAAUCAAUCAGUUAAUGAUAUACUUAAUACUUAUCCAGAUGAUUUUAUUGAUAAUAAUAAUAAUAAUAACAAUAAUAAUAAUGAACAAUAUGAAAGAAUAAAACAUUUAUAUCAACAUAGAAAAUCAUCUACAAUAACUAAUCAAUUAGAAAAUGAUGAUAUAAUUAAUCAAUCAAUCAAUAACAACAAUAAUAAUAAUAUUGAUCAACAACCUAUUAAUCCAUUAUCAGAAACAAUGAUAUCAAGAAAUUCUAAACGUAAAUCAAUAUUACCAAAUAUAAUGGAACAACAAACAGAAUUUAAUGAACAAUUUUUAAAUAUUUUAUUGGAACGUAAUCGUGAAUUAAUGUUAAAUUUAAAAAAACAAACAAAAUUAAAUUUAUCUAAAAAUCAAAUACCGAUGACAUCAUCCUUACCAUCAACAUCAACAUCAUCGUCGUCGUCGUUUACACCGCCAUCAACAUCAACUUCAAUGCCAUCUAAAAGAAAUUAUAAUAAUAUAUCAUUAAGUAAUAUAAAUAAUACAAAUAGAUUAGAUGAAAUAAAUGAAGAAAAUAAACAACAACCACAAUACACUACUCAAACUGUUAUACAUGAUAAACGGCAUAAAAAGUCAAUUUAAACUCAAUUUCAGGGGGGGGGGUAAAGGAAUUCUCUUAUAUUACUGAUGAUAUACAUUGUUUAGUAUUUUUGUACUCAUUCAUAUAUAGAUAUUUUAUUGUUGUUUGUUUAUUUUAUUGGUUAAAUUUUAUUUUAAAAGUUUCAUUUUAAUGAGUUAUUUAAUCUAUGAUGAUUAUAUAAUCGAUUUGUUUUUGUUUUAUAGAAAUUAACGAAUUGAUAAGAAAUCCCAGCAAUCUCAUACUGAUAAUUACUAUGUGUUUAUUAG